CAUCUAUCCAUCAUGUUCUCUCAGAUCGUUGCCAGUACCCUGCUCGCUUUGCAUCCAGCUCCGAAGGCUAUCGCGCCCGCUGUCGGGUUUGAGCUCCGCCGCUUCUCUGACCGCUGGGUACCUCCGAGCAAGACAGGCUGGUCCUGGUGCGAGGAGAUGCACGUCUGGGUCCCCGAGCAGCUGCCCUACUUCACUGCCGAGAUCGCUCCCAGCUUUCACGUCCCCGGGUCACCCAAGCUUGCUCGUCGCCCCUGCAGUAUUGCGUCCAAGGUCGACACCCCCAGGAAGCACAAGGCUGCGACGAAGUUCUCCUGGGGUCGUCAGGGGCGGAAGACCGCGGGUGAGCCCAAGCCUAAGCCCACGAUUACGGUCAUCGGCACGGAGUGCGCCGUCAAUGGCGUGUCCUUUGUUCGCAUGUAUCUCAUCCCCGUGGUCGAGGCACAGCAGAUCGAGUCGGCAAGGCGCGGGAACAUGUCGUUCUUCCUCCAGGCGUGA